GAGAAGUUCUUCGCCUCCUUCGGUGAAUCAGUAUCGGUUUUCAAAAGUAGAUCAUGUGCGUUGAUGAUGAGAAGGGACGAGCAAUAAAAGAAAUGUUUAGAUCAACCUCCUUGACAGCGGAGGAGAUACCCAAGCUGUUGCAGCUAAUGUUUGGUGUGGCCCACAUGCUGCUGGAGCGAUAGUGAAAUAACAACUGAGCCACGGUCCUUCCUUUGUCAUUCAUUCACUUCUGACUGUGACUGUACCGUACGACGGACAUUUGUGUGUGUGCCAUCAUAAUUACUCACCCCAGCAUCCAUGUGAGUGUGACUCAGUAGCCGCUGCUGCCCAUCUCCCCACUGAUUAUUUGAGAACAGCAGGAAUAGCAAUACUAGCUGCGCAUUUUGCGCAUAAUAGAUUUACCUAAAAAUCUACCCUGCGGUCCCUUAAUACCGGGCAAAAAUUCCAUCACGACCUUCAGUAUCACUACCUCCAAAGAAAUGAGAGCAGCGUCUCAACAGCUUUCCCGUGCCGGGCGAGGACUCUUCCGUCCGCAUCAAGCUACCUCAGCCACAGGAGCACGACAACUUUAUUCCGUCUUCACAUUCGUCGUGGUCCCUCGCAACUUCUCCUCCGCAGCGGCUCCCGCCGCAGCGAAACAAACCGAGACAAAGUUUCUGAAACCGGAAAAGGAAAUCGACUUGAACGACGCCCGGCGCAAGGGUUUAUCCUGGCGCGCGAAGCAACGCGGGUGGUUGGAGUUGGACUGGUUGCUCGGGACAUUUGCGCAGAAGCACUUGGCGAAUCUGACCGAGUAUGGACUGCAAAUAUCAUCUCUUCUGGGUCUGGACGAAAGACAAAGAUGCAACUUGUGAUGCGCAUUUUACUUUUAGAUCUAGAUCAUAGAUAGAAAAAUCUGUCAUGCACGCAUGGGCGGCAAACCUCGGCCAUUUCCUUGUCAUCGAAAGAAGGGACGAUUUGUGAUGCGGAUUAGGCAUUGAGAAACGGAAACCUGCUCGAAACCUGUGAUGCUGAGACUCGCAUGCCACACCUUCUGGGUUACGCAGACACUGCAUGAUCACAAAUGGCUGCAUCAAUCUUCCAGACCCAGACGCGUUAUUUGCAGUUGAUACCGAGGAGGAGUGUGUGCUGUUCGAGGAGAUUCUAGAAGUCGACAAUCCGGACUUGUUUCACUGGCUCUCCGCCCAGAAACCGGCGCCGGAGAAGAUGCUGGAGAACUCGGUGUACUUGAUGUUAGCGGAGUACGUGAAUUCCGAGCAUCCAGACAUCAUGCGGAGAAUGAGCACGCAGAAUCAGAACUUGUAGCUUUGAAAAAGUUGUACAGAUCAGAGACGAGUUCGUUCUUGUACUUAUGAGCGACCGAAAAACUAUUCUUAGAGGAUACGAUCACUUUUUGAAGAUGAAGAUUUUAUGUUGAGCAUCAUAACCGAAACCGGCCUCCAAACUUGUGGUUAUAAAUAAUUCCGUGACUCUAGAAGUAAGUAGAACAAAACCGGAAAGAAAACGAGGUAAAGGUUAUGGAUUGUCAGCCCGUCACAAAGCCCUGGGUGUAAAGAGGAAAGAUACUGAUGAAGUGGACGAUUUGCGAUCUACUGAGUUGUUGUCUUCACAAGAACUUUUACGCGGCAAUAUCACACCAAACCACAGCGCUAGGUCGGCGCAUACUUCGAUUGUGAAGGAAGGCAGCUGCCACAGCCUCGCUGUGCGUCUUUGCUGCAGAUGUGAUUGCAGCAUUCUUGCGAGCGGAUACUGACGAAGCUGAAAUAUGAACGUGUAUGUGAUUAAUGGUACAAGUACUAGCGAGUUGAUGUUGUUGUUGGGGUACGUUCUGGCGGUAAGCUGUGUUGAGAGGUACCG